UAUAAAUGAGUUAAGUUUCUGUGUGUGUGGUGUGAAAGUUAGCAAUGGAAGAAAAUUUUCAUACAUUCAUCCUAAGGGAAGCUCUCACUUCCAUGCUCUCCUCCUCUUCUAGAUCACCUCAUCUCGACUAAAGCCUGUGGAAUGUGUGAACUGGCAAUAUGAGUGAACAAAAGGGUGAACUGAAGGGAGAGUCGAAGGGUGAGCUGAAGGGAGAGUCGAAGGGAGAACCAAAGGGUGAGCCGAAGGGAGAGUCAAAGGGAGAGCCGAAGGGUGAGCCGAAGGGAGAGCCGAAGGGAGAGCCGAAGAGUCACCAAAAGAGUGAUUCAAAGGUUGACCAUAAGAGCGACCAAAAGACGGAACAAAAGACAGAACAAAAAAGUGAUCCCAAAAUUGUAUCAAAGAAAGAUCUCACUUUUGAACAAAUGAAAGCCAAGGCACCAAAAAUUCUGACUGAGAUGGUACACAUGCUUAUCACAUGGCAGAAAAUGGGCUUUCAUGUGCCACGAGGUGUCAAAAAUAUCUUUGAGUUCACAUGGGAUGAGCUGCUGGUGACACCACCAAGGAAGUCUUUUACUGGUAUCUAUUGUCCAAUUGUCAAAAUCCUUCCUUUUGAUGAGGUCGACAUCUCCUCUCCUGCUACUUCAAGAAUUCAAAAGGCAGGUGUUUCAGUCACAACAACAAAACCUAAUUAUGUAAGCCCUUCGUAUGAAAAUCAACAGAUGCUCCUUAAGUUCCAAAAACGAUCUGUCCACCUACUGACUGAACUCCUGAAGAUUAAGAUGAAGAUAAUGAUUGAUGCAGUUGCUGGCCCUAGUAGCGAAGAGAUGGCAAGACGCUUUCUGGAACGUGGACGAAUGCUGAGCCCUAAAUCCAAGGAAGAAGCAGUUGAUUUCAUGGCAAGAGAACCAAGGAGGAAAGGACGUUGCAUGGUACCAACAGUUCCAGCAAUUCCUAUUUCUUCCACUACCCAGCUUGUUCAGCAAGUAUCGUUUUCCUGUCUUUGUUUUUCACUGGCAUUCAAAGAUACCAAGCAGCAAAAGGGCUCAGGUCUGCUUAAAACAAAAAGUGCUGGUACCCCUGAGAACGUUGCAAGUUUUGAUGACAGACUUGACCCAUGUCCUGAAGCCAGAUUGAAGCUCCAAGAAUUUUGCCGACAUAUAGAGGAAGAGAAGACUGCAGCCUUAUCAAAGGGCCAUACAAGACCCCUAAUCCUGAGAAAUUAUGUAACUGUCCACAAGUCACCAUCUCAAGCUAUGAAACGAGCUUCGAUGUCACAAUUAUCUUCCGAUAUCAGACGAAUGAAAGGGAAGAAGUUCUUCUUGAGCUGUCCUGAUGGGACAUCCUUCAUAUAUUACCUGUCAGGAAGUCUUGCGGUGUGCCAGUUUCCCACAUGCUGCAUAGAAAAACCAGUCACCCUUCUGUUUCAGGAUGCUCCAAAUCAAACACUUCUAGGUAUAUUUACAUCGCAGGGCCAAUCGUAUGCAAGUUACUCCUUCAAAGCCAGAUGCUCAAUAGCACUGCUGAUGAACAAUGAAGGAGGGAGUGUUAGAGACAAAGAUGGCUAUUUAACCCACCAGUGGAGCUGGUAUUCCAAAAAUCAGGUUCUACAGUUACUGGAAUUUCAGAUAAAUGAACAGAUAAAACUAAAGGUUUUUAAUCAAAACUCCAUGACAAUUACAUUUGCUUCCAUCAAUGAAUGCCUCAAUUUACCUUUGGUUAAAACUGGAUGUACACAUGCAUCAAAGGCUGAUAAGCAGUUGUCUGGAAGAAACAUUGAAAGUGAUGACAAGGAAAAACAUUGGAAUAGAAGUUUAACAGAGAUUAAGAGGAGGUUUGAGAAGAUAGUAAGACAAUAUAUAAAUGGUGUUUUGAUGGUUUCAGGAAUUUGUUGUAUAGACUAUCCACUCGGCUUUCAUACUUCAAAGCAAGUGAAGUUUUUGAUGAAGGAAUCUCCACUUCAGGCCUGGGAUCGAAAACUAAGAGAAGAAGCCCAUGCCUCAGUUCAAGAAGCAACCAGGAAACCAGAUUUCAAGCCAACACGUAGACAGACGGUUACCAGUCUCAGCAAUAUCAAGAAGAAACAAAGGCCUCCCUCAGGAGCCAAAGCAGAAACCUCAGCUGGGGAUACCAUCCCUGCACCUGAAACCUGGGCAUCUUCUCCUACAGACUGUCCAGUUGUGCUGCGCAGAGUUUUGACCAAAGACACCGAAGGUGUAUGUUGCAAGUGUGUGGUGAAAAUCCCAUCAAUUACAGACUUGGAGUUUGAAAAGUUUAUUACUGCCCGAAGAGAUCCCCAUCAAGUCAUUGUGAUCUGUGUGCUGUCACCCCAAAACCAUUCCUACUCGCCUUUCUUUGAGUGGUCCAUAGAAAAGAUUUACAUACAGAUGCAGCAUGGCCGUCCCUCGCCUUGCAUUCAGUGUAAACAUGAUCCGUACCGCUUCCUGAAAUAUGACCUAGAGAGCCCUCUGAACAAAACUCCUCCUCUUUUGGUGCAGAAACACGGUGUGGUUCCUGGAAUGGUGGUUAUGUACGCUGGAGGGAAGCUACUCUUUGGGGGCUCUGUUUUCAACGGAUACGGCUACAGCAAGAGGGACCUGCUGAAGCAGAUCAACCAAGCUUGCCUUGACUGCAAGAUGGGCCACUUCCUGCCACAGAGUUUCAAAUUUAGUCACGUUCAAGAGGGCUCGGGCCUCUAUUACUGUGCUGACAUUGAUAUCUGGGUAGAGCAUGACUUCAUUCUGUGA